UUUUAGGAAAACGCAUCUAUUGUUGAUGAAGUUUGCAUUUUACAAAAAGAGCUCUCUGCUGCUCGAUCAGAGAGACUGGCUCUAAUAGAGAGACUUAUGUUUUAUGAAGGACUUGAAAAAGCUGCCGUAGGACAAGAUCAGUAUUUAAAUGAUGGUCGAAUUCAAGAGCAUUCGAGUAAACAACUGGAAGAAAAACAAAGUGAUCUGAUUAAUAACAGAUGUGAAAAUAUAUUUAAUAACAUGCCAACAUUAACUCAAACGUUUCCUAUGAAAUUGAAUAAUAUUCUGGUACACUCGAUUGGUGAAAUAAUUCCAGCGAAUCCUAACUUCCAUACGGCACACUGGAUAUACCCAGUUGGAUAUGUAGCAACAAGAAUAUAUGCACAUCCACGAGAUCCGCGAAAAAAAUGUGUAUUUACAUGUAAAAUACUUAAUAAUGCUGGAGUUCCUCAAUUCCAAUUAAUUCCUGAUAAUGAUUUAGAUGGAGUGUUUUUUGGAGAAACAGCUAACAAAUGUCAUCAAGAACUGCUUAAUUGUAUACUGGGGUUUACACAUGAUUCUUUAAAAAAUGAUUUCAAGACAAAGGGAGAAGAAUUUUUUGGCCUAUCGAAUCAAAAAGUACAAUUUCUUUUGAUGUCAGAUAUAAGAAUUAAACAGUGUACUAAAUUUAAAGGAUAUAUAUUGAACAGAGAAAGAGAGCAGCGUGAAAAUAACGAUCCAACAUUAUCCUUUGCGGACCUUCAAAACUAUCUUAGAUAAUUUUUUUUU